AUGCUGUUGACAUUGGAUUCUGCUGCUAAAAUUCGAACUAAAGAUGAUAUCGACAAAUUUGUGAGUGCAGAACUGCCCAAUAAAACUCUUAACCCUAGACUUUAUGAUAUUAUUACAAAAUGUAUGAUUCAUGGUCCCUGUGGCAUACUUAAUCCAAAUUCUCCUUGCAUGAAGGAGGGUUUGUGUUCUAAAAAUUUUCCGAAAGAUUUUCAAGAGACGACUCAAGAAAAUGUGAACGGUUAUCCAGUUUACCAGAGAAGUAUUACAGAACCUAUCAAGGUAGGUAAAUAUGAUAUUGAUAAUCGUUGGGUUGUGCCUUAUAACCCUUGGUUAUCAAAGAAAUUUAAUGCUCACAUCAAUGUUGAGAUUUGUGCUUCGGUCAAAAGUGUGAAAUAUCUUUACAAGUAUGUUUACAAAGGCCAUGAUGCUGCAUCUAUUAAAUUGCAGCUAAACGAUGAUGUAAAUCACGAUGAGAUUUUGACAUUUCUAGAUGGACGCUAUGUCAGUGCUCCUGAGGCAAUGUGGCGGCUAAAUGAAUUUCAUAUGUCUGAAAAAUCCCACACUGUUAUGAGGUUAGCUGUUCACUUACCAAAUCAACAGCAAGUAAUUUAUCAGAGUGGCCAUGAAGUUGAAGCUGUUGCUCGAGCCUCCGCCAGACAUACGACUUUAACAGCAUGGUUUCAAUUAAACCAAACUGAUGUUGAUGCCUGCAGAUAUUAUUAUUCUGAUAUGCCUCAUUAUUAUGUUUUUGAUCGUAGUAAUAAUCGGUGGAAAAGACGUCAAAGGGGUGGGGACCAAAUAAUAGGCAGGAUGCCCGUUGUCAGCAUUCAAGAUAGCAAACGUUAUUUUUUGCGAAUGUUGCUGCUGCGGAAACCUGGUGCCAUUAGUUUUGAAGAUUUAAAAGCAGUUAAUGGAAAUGUCUGCAUCAGUUUUCAGCAAGCAUAUAGGGAGCUUGACUUUCUUGAAGGAGAUGAGCAUUGGCAUGAUACUUUGCAAGAGGCUUCACUGAUUCGAAUGCCACAUCAUUUUCGAAUGUUUUUUGCAGUUAUUUGCGAAUUUGGUGAAGUAGAAGAUAUUCCUGCUCUUUGGACACAGCAUAGAGAUCUCCUUUGUGAAGAUUUUGCGCACCAGCACUCAGAGGAUACAGCAUAUCAGUAUGCUCUUGCUGAAAUAAAUGAUCUAUUGUUAGUUUAUGGGUUAAAUCUGAAGAAAGUUACCAGAGGUUAA